AUGGGUUAUACACUUGCAGUCUUAGGAUGUGGUACGAUGGGAGUAGCGAUUCUCUCAGGAGUUCUUUCAUCUCUUGAAGCUCGACUUUCCGCUCCAUUAUCACAGAGAUCACAAUCUGAGGACAUUGAACCUCCUUCCGGCAUCUCAACUCCCACAGCUAGUCAAUUCCUCGAGGCUCCCGAGGAGUCUUUACCCAGCAGAUUCAUAGCUACUGUAGGAAGGGAGGAGUCAGGCAGAAAGCUGAAGAAGACUUUUGAGAGUUUAGGAAGAUUUGGGGGGGAUGUGGAGGUCAGAGCUGGAAAGGGGAACGUGGAGACGGUCAAAGAAGCGGACGUGAUUCUCGUUUGCUCAAAACCUAACAUCGCCAGAUCGAUUUUGUCAGAAGAAGGAAUGGCCGAAGCUAUCAAGGGGAAACUUGUCAUUUCGAUAUGUGCAGGUGUCACGAUAUCACAACUUGUUUCAUGGGUUCCAGAAUCCACCACUGUAGUUCGAGCUAUGCCCAAUACUCCUUGUAAGAUCAGAGAAGGGAUGACUGUUGUAACUCCCCUAUCGGACGCUUUAUCUCGAACACUCAUUCUCAAUAUAUUCACAUCCUGCGGUAGAUGUCGAUUCCUAGAAGAGAAAUACUUCGAUGCGUGUACUGCUUUAGCUGGAUCCGGACCUGCUUUCGUGGCUUUAGUAUUAGAAGCUAUGACUGACGGUGGUGUAAUGAUGGGUUUACCAAGAGUUGAAGCUUUAGAAUUGGCCGCUCAAACUAUGCAAGGUACAGGUAGAAUGGCACUUUAUGCUGGAUUACAUCCUGCACAAUUGAAGGAUAGUGUUACAACGCCCGGAGGCUGCACAAUUGCUGGUCUUCUAACUUUGGAGGACGGAAGAGUGAGAUCAACAAUGGCAAGAGCGAUUCAAGUAGCUACUAAUCAUGCCGCUGGCUUGGGUCAAGAAACAAAGAAAUGA